CCCAAUUUCCUCCUCCCCGAACCUGCCAUGGCGGAGACCGACCGGCGACCAACCCUCGGCGACCCCCUGCCGUGGCUCGGCUCCGACCGGCCGCCGCGCCCCCCCUACAGCGGGCGUGUAGCGUCCUCGUCCCUGCUCGUAGUUGUUGGUCGUCCGCCGUGGACGUGCAGCGCAGCGACUGGUUUGGAUCCGAGUACCCCGGCGCCUUUCCGAUGAGCCGCGGUGCGUCAGUGAGUUUACGAGAAUCCAUUGAACUAUUUUGAAUUCCAAAGGCAAUGGAAUUUAAUAUGCUCUGCUUCUUGUUGAAAUUAGUAAUACGUGUUUAUUUAGUCUUUGUUUUUAGAUCAACGCACGCUCUCCGCCAUUGUGACGAAUCACUUCAUGUCUGGCUAAAGCGAUUGUGUUCAAGACAGAAAAAACACUUGAACCAGCAGAAUAGGAGAACAGAGGCUUGGCAUCAAGGAGUUCUUAGACCGCUCCAAGUGCAUCCCCAGCCUUCUCUCUGUUCUUGAGCAGCUUUUGUAAAGCGAUUGCGUCCAAGACAGAAAAGCAUUUGAACCACCACCAGGGGAAAAUUCUGAAUGUUUUGUGCUUCAUGACGGGCGGCUAUCAAGCAGCUCAGAACUUGGCUCAGUCAUCACUCUGGGUUUGCAUAUAUAGUCAUUUUCCUGCUUAGAAAUGCACGCUGUCCGGUGGAAGGGCGUCCAGUCCAGGGAUAUAAAGUUCAGAACUGUUAAGUCUUGGUUCCACAGCAGCUCUUCGUUUUUUCUGCUCCUUCUGGAUUAGUACAGGUUAAGGGAUGACCAUUUCCAAAUUUCUUCCAAGCCAGAAAAGAUAAGACGCACACUUCUGCACACAUGUCUCUUUUGGUUUAUGCAACCUCAUGUUCAACUCUUUGAUCAAAGAAAAUAAUAACACGGCUUCAAUGUUUGCUGACCCUUGGCAGGUCGCGAAACACCGUUAUUCUGUCAAGACUGUAAACAGGAGAAAACUCUAAAUGUUUUGUUCUUCAUGAUUGCAGGGUCACUUUCAUGCUUAGAAAUGUAUGCCAGUCAGGAAAGGGAUAUACACUGUCUGGUGGAAGGUUGAGUAGCAACUGAAGAAAAGGAGGGCGUCAUGGCAUUGAAAUUUCAAAACAUACAGCAUUCCUCAAGAGGCAGUAAAGUGAGGAGGCUCUCAAACACACACACACACAUGGAGGUAAUAUUUUCUGCUGCUAUGGGUGAGCUUGUUAGUAGAUCCAUAUCUUUCCUGGUGGAAAGAUACUUGAAGCAGCGGACGGCCGCGACAACUGAGGAGGAGAGGCUGCACAGCCUGCAACGGCUCCUACUGCGGCUUCAUGUCGUCAUCGAGGAGGCAGAUGACCGGCUCAUCACAAACCAGGCCAUGCUGCAGCAACUCAGCAUACUGAAAAAGGAGAUGUACAGAGGAUAUUACACCCUCGACAUCUUCAGUUGCCGAGCCCAUGGAGAAGGAAGGGCAAAAGAUCAUGAAGUCAACUACUCUUUUGCACCAUCUAUAUUCAACCCUGCAAAGCGUGUAUGUUUCUGUAGUGGCAACAGGGAAGGUGCAGCACAAACUGAGCUGCUGGAGCAAGUUCUUGGCAGCAUAAGGAACACCAUUGAAGAUGUGGGUGAGUUCAUCAUGUUUCUAAACAGAUGUCCACGUUUGACCCGCCAACCCUACAACAUGUAUCUUCUGCUGAACAAGUGCAUGUUCGGACGCCAAAUGGAGAUGGAACGUAUUAUUAACUUCCUGUUGCAAGCGGAGACUCCUCCCGGUGCCGCUGGUAAUCCAGCUGUCCUGCCACUCAUCGGUCCCGGGAAAGUUGGAAAGAGCACCCUGAUCGAGCAUAUGUGUGACGAUGAAAGGGUGCGGAACCACUUCUUUCAGAUUUUGUGUUUCAGUGGGGAUGAUCUAAAAGAUGCAAGUGUAGAGACCCUAAGAGAUGGCGGUAGAAUCAAGCAUCGAAACCGUGCCAUGGGCGGUGGAGGGACACUGAUCAUCAUUGAGCUGUUUCUGGACAUCGACAAGUCUGAAUGGAAAAGGUUGUAUUCAUCUGCCAGAAGCUGCAUCAGAAACGGCAGUAAGAUCAUAAUCACGAGCCGGUCCAACAAGAUCUCAAACUUUGGAACCACAGAACCCCUCAGAUUACAGUUCUUUUCUCAAGAAGCAUACUGGUACUUCUUCAAGGUGCGUACGUUUGGGAGCACGAGCGCGGAGGACUACCCGAAGCUCGCAGCAAUGGCCAUGGAAAUGGCCAAGCUGGCGAAUGGGUGCUUCAUGGCUGCGACCAUCUUCAGUGGACUAUUAAAAGACAAUUUUGACCACCGUUUCUGGAGCAUUGCCCUUGCAACCCUCAGGAAUUUUAUGCAGACGAACAUCUCAGCGUAUGGGGAGAGUUUCAGUGACCCCUGGCAGAUGGCGGAGCCAGUAUAUGUGAGGAGAGCAAAGAAAACUUCGUCUAAAUGGUUAGUGAUUUUUGGUGACUACCAGACAUGUUCUGCUGAAACUGAAGCUGAAGAUCGCGAGAUGAUUAGCGUACAAGACCUUUUCCUUGGAAGCGUGAGGCCUCGAGGAAAAUUCAAGGUCCAUGCAUGGACAUCUCACCUGGAGCCUCACUACAAUUACAUAUUUCACUGUGAGAUUCAAAGACCACAGCGUCUGGUCGCCAGAAACAAGCGCUGUUAGUAAAGACCGAAGUAUACAUAUUACAGCUGUAUCUUGACGCGUUUUAGUGUUAGAUACAUCCAUAUCUAGACAAAUUUAAGAUAAAUAAUUUGGGAUGGAGGUUGUAGUGUGCAAUUUCAAUGUUAUUUUGUUGUUGUUCCUGCUGUAAGUAUAUUAAGCAAUUAAGAACACUGUAUGGGCUACAAGUUUUGGAAAUUUCUU